AUGACACUGCCCUCACACGAAAACGAGGCCGACGACUGGGAGACCCGGGCGAUGAAGGGUAUUCGGAAGAAGAACUUGAGCCUGAGCCUCAACUGGGGCGAGAAGACUUGGAUCAACAAGUCGAACUGUCUUGAGCGCCUGAAGCUACUCAGGGACGAUGGCGUGGACAUCUCUCCCCUGCACAGGCAAGAUGGGAAGCAGCCAGACAGUGUGGCAAUCACGAAAGCGGUCAUCGCGCAGGUGAAUGAUGAGGAUGUGAGAGAGGCGGCGGCAGCAGUAGUCAGCCCUGUGCAGCGCAAUUUAUCCACACCGUCAUCGCGGAAACGCAGUAGAGAAGGACCUUCCGGGCUCAUAUUCCCCUCGUCACCACUAUACUCAACCGAAAACGGGUCUGCACGCAAGCGCCUCUGCAUCGACGACAUCCGUGAAGAACAACAAAUCUUGAUGGCGCCACUGGCAGAAGAGCUCUACUCUACCUGGGCAAAUCACAAACAGAAGGUCCUCACCGAAAUUUUCACCACAUUCCCUGAAGGCUCGAAAAACACCUGUCGCAUCUCCAUCGCAUUCCCGUCACAGACCGCGGAGGUUGCUGUCCCUGGCAAUCUUGAGCUCACCUCCAGCGGCUACGACAACAUCAUGCUCGAGCUCCGCACCCUUGCUGACAGCACCGAGGAGGACGGCACCCUCAGCAUCCGCAACGGCAGCAUCCGCGUCUUCGCCAACGUCCCGCUCCGUACCAUCAUCGAAGGCCAGCACCGUCAUGUGACCAGCUUGCUUAAGCGCCUGACCACACCCGGCAAAGGCCUUACUCACAUGGCUAUCCGAGACUACGAUGACAACGGAUCCAGGCGUAUCGAGGGUGACGUGUACGAAUUGAGUGUUCAGACGCAGGGGCAGAUCAAUGGUAUCUUGGAGUUGCUGGAGGCUCGGUGCGACACUUUGGAGACAGAGGUUCAGGUGCGGUGGGUCAAUAUUGGAAAGAAGGGAUAUUGGCCGAAGAAGAUGUAUGAUUAG